AUGGCUCCGGGGGUUUUGUCUACCACAAAUGGGCACGAGCAUCCAUCAGGCUCAGCAAGCUCCGCGAACGGCAUCAAUGGCUGGGCCGCUGAAUCUUUAACCAACGGUCAGCGAACCCACGCCGCUGCUCCUGUUCUCUAUUCUGCAAAUCCAGGGGAGGUUCACGACCUUGUAUGCGUGGGCUUUGGGCCGGCCUCUCUCGCAAUUGCAGUGGCUCUUCAAGACUCGUUGCGCGCUCAAAGGGAAACCAACCCUCAAGUUGCCGCUCCCACAGUACGCUUCCUGGAAAGACAGCAGGCCUUCAAAUGGCAUGCCGGGAUGCUGCUGCCCGGCGCAAAGAUGCAGAUUUCCUUCAUCAAGGAUCUUGCCACCCUCCGAGAUCCCACAAGCCAUUUCACCUUUCUAAAUUACCUGAAAGAGCACGAGCGACUGGUGCAGUUUUCGAAUCUGGGCACCUUCUUGCCGUCUCGGCUGGAGUUCGACGACUAUCUGCAAUGGGCAGCACGCCACUUUGAACAUGUUGUCGAGUAUGGCCAAGAGGUUGACUCGAUACACCCACGGAGACUGGCUGGGGCGGACAAGUAUGACUGCUUUGAAGUUGUGUCACGAAGCCUCGCCACCGGCAGGACUGUGACUCUCCUGAGCCGAAACGUCGUGAUAGCGGUAGGCGGUCGACCCGCGAGGCCGACACUAUUUCCGACCUACCAUGACCGUAUUCUGCACUCCUCUGAAUACAACACGAGAAUCAGCCGCGUGCUGCCAGACAGGGACCAAAAUUACAUCAUUGCUGUCGUGGGCGGCGGCCAAAGUGCGGCCGAGGUCUUCAACGAUCUCCAUCACCGUUAUCCCAACGCCCGCACCAGGCUCAUCAUUCGAGACUCUGCCCUAAGGCCAAGUGAUGAUUCGCCAUUUGUCAAUGAAGUCUUCGAUCCAGAAGCAGUCGAUGCUUUCUUCGACCAACCAGAAGAUAUACGUGCCAAAAAUGUCAAAAAGAACAAGGCCACAAACUACAGUGUUGUGCGGCUCGAACUGUUGGAGAAACUUUACGACGAUCUUUAUAUCCAAGGCAUCAAGCAACCAGACAAGCGUCUGUGGCAGCAUCAGAUUCUGCCGCUGAGGGAUAUCUCUGCAGUGGUCGACAAUGGACCGAACGAACGAGUCGAUUUGACGUUGACCGACCUAAACCCGUCGAGCACAAACGGCGAAGAAAGAUUGUCGGUCGAUGCAGUCGUGUUGGCCACCGGCUAUCGGCGAGAUGCGCAUGUCGAUAUGCUCAAAGCUUGUCAGGGCAUCAACUCGACUUCGGAUGGCCACUGGCAACCUGGACGUGAUUACGGUUUGAAACUAGAUCGUGAGUCUGUGAAGGAUGGCGUCGGAAUCUGGCUGCAGGGAUGCAAUGAGGCCACUCACGGCUUGUCUGAUAGCUUGCUGUCCAUUCUGUCCACUCGAAGCGGAGAGUUGGUGGAUUCUAUCUUCGGAACAAGCUCGAAACCCAAGGGUCACUGA